CUUGUAAUUUAAAACCACUGAAGUUUCUUGUAGGACCAGCACUAAUUCAAUGCACAGUGAGAGGAAGACACAAUUGCUUGUUCCAAGGAUUCCCCUUUUUUUUCUGCAUUACAAACAAAAAUGCAGCACCAACCUGAGUGCAGCCCGACAGGUCCAAGUAGAUGAGUUUGCGACAGCCUUUUCCUGAGCCCAGGGAUUUUACGCACCACAUCAGUGAACUCUGGUUUCAAAGGAAUAUUUUAUUGCUGUUCUGGCUAAUCAGGGCCAGCUGGAUGUCAGGAUGCGAGUGGUCACCCUCAUUCUUCUCCUUUUCUUUUGUAAAGGGUCAGAUUUUAGAAAGAUAAGAAAAAAUAGAGGAAAUACCUCCAAGAAACUCUCAAGCACAGUGAAACGCUAUGCUCCUGAAUUACCUUGUGAUACAUAUACAUAUCUUAAUGAGAAAUACUUGGAUUGCCAGGACAGAAAACAGAUGUCUGUCCUUGCCGAGUGGCCAGACGACCUGAUCCAUAUGUUGUUGGCAAGAAACAGAUUCCGUAUACUAAAAAAUAAUAUCUUUUCCAAAUUUCAGAAAUUGAAGAGCCUUGAUUUACAGCAGAAUGAAAUAACUAAAAUCGAGAGCCAGGCCUUUUUUGGAUUAAAACAACUUACAACUCUUCUGCUGCAACAUAACCAAAUAAAAGUAUUGUCUGAGGAAGUGUUUAUUUAUUUGCCUCGACUUACUUAUCUGCGGUUGUACGAUAAUCCCUGGGACUGUAACUGCGAGUUGGAAUCUCUUAUCACCUUGCUGCGGGUUCCUCGUAACAGAAAUUUGGGGAAUUACGCAUUAUGUGAGACUCCGGCAAUGAUGAAAGGUCAAAAGCUAAAGCAAGUAAGACCUGAAGUGAUUUGUACAGAGGAGGAUACUAUAGACCCUAAACCAGUAGAAGGGGUUAAAAUCACCAGCCCUGUUGUAGAUUCAUCAGUUUGUCAUGUUUAUAUGUAUCCAGUUCAAAUGCUUGACUGCAGAAGAAAAGAAUUACAACGAGUUCCAACUGACAUCGCUCGAGACACAGUAAAACUUGAUCUCUCCAACAAUAAAAUAAAACGGCUACAAUCAAAAGAGUUUAUAAAUGUUCCAAAUCUGGAGACAUUAGACCUGGACAGCAACGGAAUUGAAUUUAUAGAUCCAGCUGCAUUUUCAGGUUUACUGAAUCUACAGGAGCUGGAUUUAUCAAACAACAGUCUUCAUAACUUAGAUUAUGGUGUUCUAGAAGACUUGUACUUUUUAAAGAAGCUCUGGCUCAGAGAAAACCCAUGGAGAUGUGAUUACCAUAUCCACUAUCUGUUUUAUUGGCUUAAGCAUCACUAUGAUGUUAACUACAAUGGUUUAGAAUGUAGGACCCCAGAAGAGUACAAAGGGUGGUUCGUUGGGAGGUAUGUAAGAAGUUACUAUGAAGAAUGUCCAAGCGAAAAAUUUCAGAUCAGCAUAGAUCGGGGGAUAGAUGAAGAGGAAUGGGAACGGCACAAGGACCGCACAAAGCAGAUUGAUUCAAGUAAAAAAAAGGCUGUCCUACUGACAGUGCUCAGCUAGAUCAUGGACCAUUUAUGCAAUGAAUAUUUAAUUUUGCAAUGCAAAGAUUUUGUUAAAUUUAGAAGCAUUCCACCUAAAAUAUGGAAUAUCUCAUUGUAUAAAACAUAUAGGAAUCCAUUCCAAACCAUCAGGAACAUUAUAUGAACUCUGCAUGGAUUUUCUCCAUGGGUUUUGAAAAUAGAGUUCAGUCCAAUCCUUUAUAAUUGUUUUUUCAUUCUAACAGGAUUUCUAAUGUGGUUUUCAACUGGUUUGGCACCUCACAAACUCCACCAUUAAUUAGCAUUGAAAGAAAUUGACUGCAGUAUUCCAGUUCAUCCAGGGCUGGUUGAAGAUGCUGUGCUUCCUGGAUCCAAGAAUGAAAUGAUGUUCCCCUGACACUGUCCACAACAGUAUUAAUCCAUCCAUAGUCAGUAGUCUCAAAGAUUACAGUUCAGCAGAAUAAAAUUUCACAUGAGAACAUGCUGAAACCAAGCUGAUAUGCCCGACCUGAAGCUAAUUUCUCACAAUUCCCACUCAAUAUUAUCUAGAAUAUGCCGGGUCCUGUAUUCCCACCAUUAUAGAGCUGGCCCUGAGUGCAUCAGAAAACACUUUUUUUUUUGAGAGCAGAUUUUCAUCUAUUUUUUUACUUUUCUAUUUCAAACGUCCUGAUCUAUCAAAUCACAUUUUCUCCACCAUUUCCUGAUUUAAAAAAAGUUAAAAACAUGGCUCAAGUAAUAUUUUAAACUAUGUUUAUCUAUGACUACAAAGCAAUGUUAGACUUUUAAAAUAUGGUAACUAUAUAAUUAUGAGAAAGAAGAGAACCAGCGAGUCUCCAGGUAUGUAAUAAAAAAACAACUUUAUUCAAAAAUGGAGGUAAAAAAUGAUACAAUGGUUAAAAGUCAAAGCCUGGAAUAGCGUCUCAAAAACAAUGUUUAUCUACAAAGCAAUGUUAGACUUUUAAAAUAUGGUAACUAUAUAAUUACCCAAACUUAUAAGCAACUAUUAAUUAUACACACAUCAAGAAUUGAUGUAAGUUAAAAACCACACUGAGGUUUUCUUUUUAUGAAGGUCUUUGAAAUCGCUUAUAAAAAAAAAAAAAGAGAAGAAAAAAGCCAGUAAAACAGCUGUCUCAUAUCAUUUUUAAUGUCUUUAACCAGAUUUUCCUGUCAACGUAUACAUGAUUUGAGAGGUUUUAUGAAUUCAGGUGGUGAGUCUUUAAAUUACUGAAAUGACUUUGAAAACAAAAUCAAAAAAAUCCCCCCAAGCUCACAUACAAUACUGUCACACAGAAAUUUCUGAUGGAUCAAAAUGGGAGCCAAAGGUGCACAAUCCCCCUUUUUUUUUCCUGUUCAGGAAGAAAAUGCAUGUACACAGAAAAGUAAAGGGAUACUGAACCCAAAUUUUUUUCUUUCAUGAUUCAGAUAGAGCUUGCAAUUUUAAGCAACUUUCUAAUUUACUCCUAUUAUCAAUUUGUCUUUGUUCUCUUGCUAUCUUUAUUUGAAAAAGAAAAUGCAUGCUUACCUGAUAAAUGUAUUUCUUUUUUGACACGAUGAGUCCACAGAUCAUCUUAAUUACUAAUGGGAUAUUCACCUCCUGGUCAGCAAGAGGAGGCAAAGAGCACCAAAGCAGAGCUGUUAAAUAGCUCCUCCCUUCCCUCCCACUCCAGUCAUUCGACCGAAGUUAGGAAGAGAAAGGAAAAGCCAAGGUGCAGAGGUGUCUGAAGUUUACAUAACCCACAACCUGUCUUACAAGAACAGGGGGCCGUGGACUCAUCGUGUCAAAAAAGAAAUAAAUUUAUCAGGUAAGCAUACAUUUUCUUUUCUUUUUUUAUGACACGAUGAGUCCACGGAUCAUCUUAAUUCCUAAUGGGAUUCAAUACCCAAGCUAGAGUACACAGAUGAUACGGGAGGGACAAGACAGGAAACCUAAAUGGAAGACACCACUGCUUGAAGAACCUUUCUCCCAAAAGCGGCCUCAGCCGAGGCAAAAGUGUCAAAAUUGUAGAACUUUGAAAAAGUGUGAAGGACAAAGUUGCAGCUUUAUUUUUGACUGCCCAUGAGGAAGCAACAGCCCUCGUGGAAUAAGCCGUAACCCUCUCGGGAGGCUGCUGCCCAACAGUCUCAUAUGCAAAACGUAUGAUACUCUUCAGCCAAAAAGAAAGAGAAGUAGCCGUAACUUUCUGUCCCUUACGUUUUCCUGAGAAAAUCACAAACAAAGAAGACUGACGAAAGUCCUUAGUCGUCUGUAAGUAAAACUUUAAAGCACGGACCACGUCUAAAUUGUGCAGAAGAUGCUCUUUCUGAGAAGAAGGAUUAGGACACAAAGAAGGAACAACAAUCUCCUGUUUAAUGUUCCGAUCAGAAACAACCUUAGGACGAAAUCCUAGUUUAGAACAUAAAACUACCUUAUCUGAAUGGAAAAUAAGGUAAGGAGAAUCGCACUGCAAUGACGAGCGCUCUGACACUCUACGAGCUGAAGAAAUAGCAUCUAGAAAUAGAACUUUCCAAGAUAACAACUUAAUAUCUAAGGAAUGCAUAGGCUCAAACAGAGCCCCUUGAAGAACUUUGAAAACUAAAUCAAGACUGGUUUAAACAUAGGCUUGAUCCUGACCAAGGCCUGGAGGUGUAACUGGUUUAAACACAGGCCUGAUCCUGACCAAGGCCUGACAAAAAGAUUGAACAUCUGGGACAUCCGCCAGACGUUUGUGUAACAAAAUAGAUAAAACCGAAAUUUGACCCUUUAGGGAACUCGUCGAUAAACCCUUCUCCAAACCCUUUUGGAGAAAAGGCAAAAUUCUAGGAAUCCUAAUCUUACUCCAUGAGUAGCCCUUGGAUUCACACCAAUAAAAAUAUUUAUGCCAAAUCUUAUGAUAAAUCCUUCUAGUCACACACUUACAAGCCUGAAUCAUGGACUAGAUUUGGAUGGAGGAAGGACCCCUGAAUCAGAGGUCCUUCCUCAACGGGAGAUGCCAUUUCCACCAGAUCUGCAUACCAAAUCCUGUGAGGCCAAGCCACCUAUGAGGAUCACCAAAGCCCUCUCCUGUUUGAUUCGAGCAACCACCCGAGGAAGGAGCGCAAACGGAGGAAAUAGGUAUGCUAGACUGAAUGUCCAAGGGACCGCCAGAGCAUCUAUCACUUCCUCCUGGGGGUCCCUGGACCUCAACCCGCAUCUCGGGAGCUUGGUAAUCCGUAGAGAUGCCAAGAGAUCUAAUUCCGGCAGACCCCACAUGAGAAACAGGCUGGAGAACACUUCCGAAUGGAGUUCCUACUCCCGAGGAAGAAAGGUCUGCCUGCUCAAAAGGUCCGCCCUCCUAGAUGUCCAGGCGUGGGAUGAGAAUCGCCGACAGUUAGGAAAAGUGGGCCUCUGUCCACUGAAUUAUCUUGGAUUCCUCUGUCAACGCUAAGAAACUCUUUCGUUCCUUCCCGAUGAUCGACGCAAACCAUUGAAAGUAUAUUGUCCGACUGGAACCCGAUGAACUGGACCGAGGCUAACUGAGGCCAGCCCAGGAGAGCCUUGAAGAGCGCUCUCAGCUCCAGAAUGCUUUUAGAAAGAACAGACUCAGACUGAGUCCAAACUCCCUGAGCCUUUUGGGAACUCCAGACUGCUCCUCACCCUCGAAGGCUGGCGACUGUUGUCAUAAUCACCCAAAAAGGUCUGCGAAAGCAGGUACCCUGAUAGGAUGAUCCAGGGACAACCAUCAUGGAAGAGAAUCCCUUGUUUCCUUAUCCAGUAGCAUUCAUGGAGAUAAAUUCGCAUAAUCUCCGUUCCAUUGCCUGAGCUUGCUUAACUGCAGAGUUCUGAGAUGGAACCGAACAAACGGGAAGAUGUCAAUUGCCACCAUCAGUCUGAUUACCUCCAUGCACUGAGCCACUGAUGACCUAAGAGUGUGCUGAAAAUAAGACAAGGAUCAAUAAUCUUUGAUUUCCUGACUUCUGUCAGGAAAAACUUCAUUGAUAAGGAAUCUAACAUAGAUCCCAGAAAAAUACCUUAAAAUUAGGACCCAGGAACUCUGUCCCCGAUUUACCUUCCACCCGUGUCGAACGCAGGAAGGAUAACACCGUGUCCUGUUUGCGAACCUCUUUGUUGUAACGAAGUUGCCUGGAUUAGGAAAACAUGUAAAUAUGGUGCUGCAAUGCACCUUGAAAAUUCUGAAAAGUUGUGGCAAGAUUUAAUGAAAAAAACACGAACUAGAAGUAUUUGUCCAGCAAGAUAAACCAUAGAAAUUUGCAAUGAUCCCAUAGAUGGGAACAUGCAGAUACCCGUCUUUUAAACUUAUCAGGAAUUGAUCCUCCGGGAUCCAAGGAAAGAUGGCACUAAUAAAGUCCACCUAGAAGGACGGUACUGUCUAGAUUUUGGAAGUCUAAAAUCUGUCUGAAGGCUUCCUUCUUCUUGGGAGCCACCACCAGACUGAAAUAAAUCUAUGACCCUGUUCCUGAACCGGAGAUAUUACUCCCAGGGGGGAGAGGACUCCCACCUAUGAAAGGAACCCAGUCUCUAUCUGAUUCCAGAUAUAUAUAUAUAUAUAUAUAUAUAUAUAAUGGGCACUUGAAAAGCAAGACGCUGCUCAUGUUAUUGAACGUACUGGAGACCGAACUUGCAACCCUUGGGCUGCUACAGAGCUCACCCACAUUGCCCUAGCAUGCUGAACUAUCUGCCCCAAGCACUAUCUGUCCGAAUAGAACCAGACAACGUAUGAGCUAGUAUGUUGCCGAAAAAGGCAGUAAUACCGACCUGGGAUGUCAUCUUGAACAACCCCACUACCCCAACAAUUAUGGGAUCCCGAAAGGUAAUAGGUAUUCUCUAUAGGGAUAAAAGUCUCCUGGUCAGUAUGGAAUUGUUUUCCAAGACUCCUUGAGAGGUCCUCUACUAAAAGCCUCUCUGUCAAUAUAGGAAAUGUGAAUCAAAGGAUAAUAACCAUUCACUUUCAUUUCAUAGUACCGCAUCUUGGUACCACAUAAAAUUAACAACGACCGAAACGUCGUCCCAUAAUAGCUAAAAACUCCUUAGUAAUAACCGCAGCAGAGAUAGCUUAAAACUGAAGAUACUACUUCAGUAUCAGUGUGAGGAAUCAUACCGUCAGAACUGAGAACUUACUAUCUAAGUAUCCCCUUCCUCAUGUAAAAUGGAGAAAACCUCUAAGAAAAUAAUCUAUAGUGACAGAAACCUCACUCACUGAAUAUUUAUUCUUCCUCUUGCGCUCUCCCUACAGCAUGGGAAAAGCCGACAACCCACCUGACAAGUCCAGAUGGAACGAUGUCUUGCAAGAUAACCCUAAAAGGAGUCGUGAAGGAAGCGCAGGGCACUGGAUGAAUGGACGGUAAGAUUUUCGGACACUUGAGGAGAAAGCUGCAGAAAAUAUGGAACAUUCCCCGAAUGCUUCAGAAACAUCCAAGGCAAUGUUGACUCUGAAAAAUUAUAUAUAUAUAUAUAUAUAUAUAUAUAUAUAUAUAUAUAUAUAUAUAUAUAUAUAUAAAUAAAAACCUAAUAAUACAUGGGGAACAGAAAAUUUAGGUUGACUCUAGAAGUAUCAAGACAUAACGUGUGCAUUGUGUAUACCCUAUUCAUUCUUUAUACAAUAAAAUUGAAUAUUACCAAAUUUACAGAGACUUUAUAUUUAAGGGAAACAUUCUAACCUAGUUCCCUUACAUAGUACAUACCAAGAAAUAAUUUGAAAAGGCCACAUGGACCUUGAAAAAUUAACAAUUUGUUUAUUAAAAACGGAUGGUACUGUCUCUUUAAAUGUUAAAAAAAAGCAUGUGUUACAAUGCAGCAGAGAAGGCAGUCGUAGCACACAAUAUACGUAAAUUAUUCUGGUUAUUAGAAGCCUCUCUGCUGCACGAUCCACUACGCAGCAGAGAAGGCAUCCAUAGCACUCAAAAUUAUCAUCAUGAGAAAAGCCUCUCCGCUGCACAGACACAGCGCAGCAGAGACCGGCAACCACACCAUCACAUCCGGUGUACAUCAAAACACACCUCAAAGAUUAACCGGGAAGCAGGGAAAAGAAAUGCGCAAACAAGGGCGCCACAACUUAGCCCCGCCCAUUGUGGGCGUCUCCCAACUAAACUCCCGGGCGGCAAGUAAAGAAAGCAGCAGCGCGCUCAUAGUUGAAAGACAUGCUGAAAAACAUGACCAUACUAUUAAAUAACCUCCUGGUCGGCCACUUAACAUGAAAUAAGGCCAACGGAGUUAGCAAUACACCUAAUCUGUCUACCCACAUUUGAGUUGAUUACAAAAAGACAGAAUAAACCACCCAGAUGGCUGUAAUUAAAUAAAAUAAGCCAUUGGGAGUUUGCAAUUAUGCCAGGUCAUAAAAAAAACAGAGCGACUUCUCCCCGCGUCCUCCAGUGCCUGCAUUCACUGCCAGAUAACAUGUCCCCCUCCCUCUUAGGGCCAAUGUAUCUAGUGUCCUUUAUAAAGAUUGCUACAUUUUUCUGUGUAUGCAUCCUUUCCAGAAAAAAAGAAUUUAGCACUUACCUUAGAAAGCUGCCCGGCAGGAACGCAGCCCAGCCGGCUUGCGAGGUCCUCUUCCUAACAUUGGCCUGUGGAACGAAAAAAAGUACUGGGUAUAUUCUCUUCCCUCAGACUUUAACAAACAGGGCAGCAAACAAUCUAUGGGAGUCGCAGUGAGAAUUAUGUCCCACAAGUUCCCAUUGCUCUAAAGUCACCAAAAGCUCUACUAAAGAGACUGAUAUGGACUACGGCUACACCCUAGAACAAAGUAGCACUCUCUGGCACUACUUUAAAAAUAAUAAACUCUUGAUUGAAGAAUCUAAUCUAACACCUCACUUUACCUUUUCCUAUCACUAACGUAGGCAAAGAGAAUGACUGGAGUGGGAGGGAAGGGAGAAGCUAUUUAACAGCUCUGCUGUGGUGCUCUUUGCCUCCUCCUGCUGACCAGGAGGUGAAUAUCCCAUUAGUAAUUAAGAUGAUCCGUGGACUCAUCGUGUCAUAAAAAAGAAAAUAAGGCAUCUAAGCUACGGAGCCAGACAAUUUUUGGUUCAGGGCUUGGGCAGCACUGGUUUAUUGGUGGGUGAAUUUAUCUACCAAUCAGCAAGAACAACCCAGGUUGUGAACCAAAAAUGAACCGGCUUCUAAACUUACAUUCUUGCUUUAUUUCAAAUAAAGAUACCAAGAGAAUGAAAAAAAAUUGAUAAGAGUAAAUUAGAAAGUUGCUUAAAAUUGCAUGCUCUAUCUGAAUCAUGGAAGAAAAAAAUUGGGUUCAGUGUCCUUUUAACCCUUGAGAUCUAUGUAUUCUUCUUUUCAAAGAAAUAAUGAGGUUCUCUAUAAAGUAGCAUCUCUCAUGGCCCAAAGAUUUAAAUAUGACAAUAUCUUGUACUACAAAAACCCUCCAUACAUACCAUAUAGAAAAACUGCAAUUUAACUUUUCAGCUGUGUACAUUUCUCAGUGUUAUCCUGCAACAUGGGAUACCUUUGCCAGCAUUCAGAUGUUAAAUUGGAUGUAAAUAGUUUAGUGAAUACGCUGAGUGAUAACAAAACACUUCAAAAACACCCAUUUAAUGUAUUUACCACUUCACUCGCUGAUCUUUUUUAAAUGGAAAACAAUAUGAAAUCAAAAUUAAAGGGACAUAAAACCCAAUAAUUUUUUUUUAUGAUUCACCAAGAUCAUGCAGUUACAACUAUACAUUUUACAUCUAUUAUCUAAUUUGCUUUGUUUUCUUGGUAUUCACUGCACUGAAAGAUGCUAGUCUCCUACAGUAUUUAGGAUCCUAUGCCAACAACAUUCUACAAAGUGACUGUUUGAUCAGCACAAACUAAUCAUUUAUAGCUGUCCCUAUUUGGAUGCUACAAAAGAAAUAAGAAAAACACACUCAAACUUUUCAAGGGGUAUGUCACUGGACUGCAAAACAAAGUAAAUUUUGCUUCAAAAAGUUUUGCUUUUAGAGAACACAUUUUGUAUGCAGAUGUUUUGCAAUGAGGACGGUGCUUAGUUGGUGAUAAGUAAUAUGCAUAUAAACAUUUAUAUAUAGCUCCUGAUCAGUACUUUAACUAUGUGUUUAACACAAAGCAUUGCAAGGUUGCUAGAAUUAAAAUUAAAUACCCUAAUGAAGUAGAGCAUAUAACUGUACCACUAAAAUAGCUCUUUAAACAUCAGGAUACCUACCAUAUCUAGCUAAGCAGUAAAAAACGUAAUUACAAGAAAAGGCUUUUUUUUAACCAAUACAACUGUAAAUAGGACUUUAAGAAAAUUUGUAUAUAUGAUUCUGUGUAUCGUUUAUAUUUUGGAAUAUAAUAUACUUUUAUACUCCUGCUGUAAAUUGUGACCAUUCCAUUCUGUAUAACAUUAAAAGGUGUUUUGUUUUUAA